CAGUAACUGAUCAUCGUAGAAGGUCCUGUAGAUACGUUUAUGUUGAGAUAUUGUACGGUGGUAAUCACAGAAAAUGGCAGACAAUGCAGCAUUGCUGGUGGUUCUCUUCCUUUGCCUCUGUGAAAAAGUUGUGGCUGAUCCAGGUAUAAAUAACCCGUCCUGCUACAGGAUCGAGCCUGGCACCAUGGCUGGCAUCAUCGUUGCAGACGUGAUCCUGACCGUUGCCAUUGUCAUUGUCACAUACCACUGUGCCAGCCGACGCAGACGUCAAAAAGAGAGGGCUGAUGAAGUCUACAUGAAUGUCAGGGCAAACUGCAAAAUCUAAGAAUCCUCAGAAAGCACCAGAAUACAUAUUAGAUAUAUUUGUAUAUACGGUGUGAUCUAGUUUUACAUCAUGUCUCUCAAGACAUUCCAGUGACUUUAUUUGAUUUGAAGUGUCUCAAUGAACUGCUAUUCACUGCCACCUCCUGGUGAAAACUCAAAUCUACACGUUCAGAAGUAAGAAAUCACAUUGAAAUUUGAAUUAUUUCAAGAUUUACUCAAAUAAAAAGGUGAAACACGUACACAACUUUGUGUUGACCAAGUUAGUAUAAAGAUGUACAGGAGGCUCAAAGCCACGAUAAGCCUGUGUAGAGUAUUAUGUCUGUGGUUUAGAUGGCCAUCUGUCCUGUCCAUGUCUCCUAUGAGGUUUAAUACUGACCAAGUCAAAGAGGCCCACACACACUACACUUGGUUCUCAGACACUUUGUAUCUCUGAACCAUCUGUCUGAUCAGCAUCCUGUCUGUUGAUGUCUCUCUCUCUCUCUCUCUCUCUCUCUCUCUCUCUCUCUCUCUCUCUCUCUCUCUCUCUCUCUCGCUCUCUCGCUCUCUCUCUUUUUCUCUCUCUGUCUCACACACUGUCCUUGUUUCAUAAUGUGUCCCAUCUGAGGACCACAAUGGAAAUAAGUCGCAGACUUUUUUGCGUUUAUCCUCGAUGAUUCUUAAUCAAGUGCAUAAUUUUGCAUAUGUACCUUGUUUGUAAAUGAUCAAAUAAACAAACAAAAAAUGUAAUGCCCAGUUCAAUAACAAUAUACUCAAAAAUCUUAAGCAUGUAGAAAAAAGCAGUAGGAACAUCUCUGUGAUUUUGUAUUUGAAUCAUAAAUAUAGAUUUGAGAAGAAGCAGCAUGCUAUAUGUGAAUGAGUGUACACGGAAUUUCCCUACAUCCCUCAUCCUAAAAUAGCAAUUUUGUUGCCUGAGAUCCCAUAGAAAUUGUUUUUAUGAAUGUCCAGUGUGUAGGCCCAUAGUAGUUUCCCUACUCAACUCUGAGCUGAAAGCACUUUGAAUGUAAAGUGCCAUGGACAUCCCUCUGCCCCUGGUAUGAUAUUGUAUGAUGUUUGUCUCUGUGGUACACUCUGAAAUGUUGACUCUGAGUUGACCGUUGAUUUCCAUCCACUGUAUCUUUUAUAGCUAGGCUAUAAAGUGUUUAUUGUGCCGACAGGGUAAGCUAUCAUUUCAGAUGAACUUGUGGUUGAGAGAACCAGGCUUGGCUAGAGCUGCUGUCAGGUGUUGGGAACCACAGCCUACAGAAAACCACAGGUCAUAUUAGAAAGAAGAAAAAACUGCCGAUCUGCAGGACGCUGAGCGGAAAAGGUCUAGUGUGGGCGCCAUGGUAAUAAGCAAGGCCUUUGUCAGAAACAAACAGCGGAACUGACAUCCCUCGUGCACAAUUAGCAGAAGAGGACAACACUGUCUGCUGAGAUCUGGGUUCUUUAUCUGUCAGAUAACACUGUAGGAUGACAAAUAAAUGUCUAUGAUGAAUGUCAA